UUUGUAUCCGCCCUAAUUCGAAGAAGAAGAAGUAAAAACAAGAAGAAGAAAGACUUCCGCUGUUUGUUCAAACAGACAUCGUUAAUUAUUAUUAUUUUUUAUCAUUUAGCUUUUACAGAUAUAGGUUUACAUUGUGGACAAAACAUUUUAUUUUUAAAGUUAUUUAAAAUGUGAGGCUUCUACUCUUUAAAUGGCUGUUGUUUGCGGGAGGUGACGGCGAAAGCAUCGGCAUGGCUUCAUGUAUGACUUUUCCUCCAACUUUUAAAUAAUAUCGAUGAAAAAUAGAUGGAUGAGUUUAUCAUGGCGACGUCUAAGAAGACUGUCAAGAAACGCAUCUUUUAAUCGAACAGGAGACUGUUGUUGAUCACUGGAUCUUCAUUACAACGUCUGAAAAGAAGACACCAACAUGAACAGGAAACGAGAUAAAGGAUUUGAGAGUCCACGGCCAUUUAAAUUGACCCACCAGGUUGUGUGCAUCAACAACAUAAACUUCCAGAGGAAAUCUGUCAUUGGCUAUGUGGAGCUGACAAUCGUCCCUACAGUGGCCAACCUGAACAGAAUCAAGUUGAACAGCAAACAGUGUCGCAUCUACAGGGUGCGGAUCAACGAUCUGGAGGCCUCCUUCAUUUAUAACGACCCUACCCUGGAAGUGUGCCACAGCGAGUCCAAGCAAAGGAACCUAAAUUACUUCUCCAGUGCGUACACGGCAGCAGUGAGUGCUGUGGACCCUGAUGGAGGACAUGGCGAGUUGGUCAUCAAGGUUCCUUCUGAGCUCUGGAAACAAGGAGAUGAGUCACAUAUUUUAAAGGUAUACAUUGAAUAUUCUCUGGACCAGCCCAAAGGGGGUCUGCACUUUGUUGUCCCUGAUAUGGAGGGAAGUUUGUCAGAGAGAGGAGCGCACGUGUUCUCCUUUGGACACCACAACUCCACCAGGUUCUGGUUCCCCUGUGUGGACUCGUACUCCGAAUUAUGUACAUGGAAGCUGGAGUUCACCAUAGACGCCUCCAUGGUUGCUGUGUCAUGUGGCGAUCUGGUGGAGACAAUCUACACACAUGACAUGAGGAAGAAAACCUUCCAUUACACCCUGUCCAUCCCCACUGCGGCUCCCAACAUCUCCCUGGCAGUUGGACCCUUUGAAAUCCUAGUAGACCCCUACAUGCAUGAGGUGACCCACUUUUGCCUUCCCCAGCUGUUGCCACUUCUCAAGCACUCCAUGUCUUACCUGCAUGAGGUGUUUGAGUUCUAUGAAGAAAUCCUGACUUGCCGCUACCCUUACUCCUGCUUUAAGACGGUUUUUGUGGAUGAGUCCUAUGUCCAGGUGUCUUCCUAUGCUUCCAUGAGCAUCUUCAGCACCAACCUCCUUCACAAUUCUAUGAUUAUAGACCAGACUCCUCUGACACGCCGCUGCCUGGCCCAGGCCUUGGCUCAACAGUUUUUUGGUGUUUUCAUCUCAAGAAUGUCGUGGGCUGAUGAGUGGGUGUUGAAGGGAAUAUCCGGAUACAUAUUUGGCCUGUAUCUGAAGAAGACCUUUGGAGUAAAUGAGUACCGGCACUGGAUCAGAGAGGAGCUGAACAAGAUAGUGGAAUAUGAACUGAAGAUGGGAGGUGUUCUUUUACACCCAACUUUCAGUGGAGUCAAAGAAAAGGACAAUCCGACGCCCCAUCUUCACUUCUCCCUCAAGCACCCACAUACCCUCUCAUGGGAGUACUACAAGAUGUUCCAGUGCAAGGCUCACCUGGUCAUGAGGCUCAUAGAAAACAGGAUCAGCAUGGAGUUCAUGUUGCAGGUUUUCAACAAGCUUUUGAGCCUGGCCAGCACAGCAUCGUCACAGAGGUACCAGAGUCACAUGUGGAGCCAGAUGCUUCUUUCUACCCAUGCCUUCUUAAAGUCCAUCUCCAACGUGUCUGGCAAAGACAUUGCUCCUCUCAUCAAACAAUGGGUAGAUCAGAGCGCUGUGGUCAAAUUCUUCGGCAGCUUCGCGUUCAACAGAAAGAGGAAUGUUCUGGAGCUGGAGAUCCGGCAAGACUACACAUCAUCAGGGACUCAGAAAUAUGUAGGUCCCAUCAAGGUGACGGUGCAGGAAUUGGAUGGUUCCUUCAAUCAUACUUUGCAGAUCGAAGAGAACAGCCUCAAACAUGAUAUUCCUUGUCACUCCAAGAGCCGAAGAAAUAAGAAAAAGAAGAUUCCUUUAAUGAAUGGAGAAGAAGUGGACAUGGAUCUAUCAGCCAUGGAUGCCGACUCUCCUCUUCUGUGGAUCCGCAUCGACCCAGACAUGUCCAUCCUGCGCAAGGUAGACUUGGAGCAAGCCGACUUUAUGUGGCAGUACCAGCUACGAUAUGAAAGGGACGUAGUAGCACAGGAAGAGGCCAUAUUUGCUCUUGAAAGUUUCCCAACUCCUGCCUCCAGACUUGCUCUGACUGACAUCCUUGAACAAGAACAGUGUUUCUACAAAGUCCGCAUCCAAGCCUGCUUCUGUCUGGCCAAGAUCGCCAAUGCUAUGGUGAGCACAUGGCAGGGUCCACCAGCUAUGAAGUCCUUGUUCACCAGAAUGUUCUGCUGCAAGAGCUGCCCCAAUAUUGUCAAGACCAACAACUUCAUCAACUUCCAGAGCUACUUCCUGCAGAAGACGAUGCCUGUUGCCAUGGCAUUACUCCGUGAUGUCCAGAAUCUCUGUCCCAGAGAUGUCCUCAACUUUAUCCUGGACCUCAUCAAGUACAAUGACAACAGGAAAAACAAAUUCUCAGACAAUUACUACCGCGCGGAACUGAUUGAAGCAUUGACCAACUCCCUGACGCCGGCCAUCAGCAUCAACAACGACAUGCGUACAGUGGACAAUUUAAACGCUGAUGUACAUCUCAUACUGGAGGAGAUUACUCGAUUCCUCAACAUGGAAAAACUGUUGCCAAGCUACAGGAACACAAUUACUAUCAGCUGUCUUAAAGCCAUUCGCGAACUUCAGAAGAAUGGUCAUAUUCCAAGUGAAGCAUCACUCUUUCGAUCAUAUGCAGAGUAUGGGCACUUUGUUGAUGUCCGUGUUGCUGCUUUGGAGGCUCUGGUGGACUAUACGAGAGUUGAAAGAAGCUCAGUGGAAUUACAGUGGCUGGUCAGUCUGGUUCAGAGCGACCCAUCUCAUUAUGUCAGACAUAAGAUCCUGGCCAUGCUUUGUAAGAACCCACCUUUCACCAAGAAAACAGAAUCAACUUUGUGUGAUGAAGCUCUGGUGGACCAACUGUGGAAGCUUAUGAACUCGGGUACAGCGCAUGACUGGCGUCUGCGCUGCGAUGCGGUGAACCUCUACUACGUGUUGUUCGGUUUGACGCGGCCUUCCUGCCUGCCCCUGCCUGAACUUGGCCUGGUGCUCAACCUGAAAGAGAAGAAAGCUGUACUCAACCCCACCAUCAAGCCUGAACUCAUUGUGGACACAGCUGCUAGCAUCGGGAUCCAUGGUGUUGGCAUCAGUUACCCACCUGAGGAUGACGAGCCUGACCCAAUUUCCCUGGGGGUCUGUGGGGUAGGUCAGCCUCCUCAGGGCAUCAAGAGGAAGGCUGAAACGCAACUUGGCUCGCCUCCAGAACCAGGGCAAGCAGUGCAGCACCUGGAAGAUGACAACAGAGCGGGCCGCUACAAGAUCAGGUUCAACAUGGAAGAAGAAGAUAUCGACAUGGAGACUGUUCAUGACAGCCAGGCUUUCAUUCACCAUCACCUCCAUCUGUUGGACAGACCUUCUACACCAGGCAAAGAGCCAGCGCUGGUGGAACAUUGCAUGCUGUCCAUGCCGGCCACGCCUGUGCCGACCUUCUCCAAAGAGACGUCCGCCCUGGCCAAGCACAGGAGUGAACAUGGCCACCAUCACCACGAGCACAAGAAGAAGAAGAAGAAGAAGCACAAGCAUAAACACAAACACAAGCAUGAAAACAAGGACAGGGACAAGGGGAACUCGCAUCCAUACAGCAACAGUCCAGCUAGCGGCAAGUCUGCGCACUCCCCAUCUCUGUCUGAAUAAACAGCUUUUAUUUUGUACAAAUCAACAUCCUUUAUUUUGUAGAAACACUCUGGUCUAAAUAAACAUCAUUUACUUUGAAAAUCAUUAUUUUUAAAGUAAUCAACAGCCGUCAGUUUGUACAAACUUUGUCGAAAUCAUUAUCUUUUACUUUGGAGAAACAUUCUGUCUAAAUCAAUAUCUUUUAUUUUGUAGAAACAUUCUAAUUAAAUCAACAUAUUUCACUUCGGGGAAACAUUCUG